AUGGACUUUGGUAUUGUCGGCGCGGGUGUUCAAGUCGCAGAAGAUGCCGCCGAUUUUGGAAACCUAGGCAAAACACAUCGCGUGAAGAGAGAAACCAGGGAGAAGGUCAGCAAGACACUCCGUGGCCGUCCGGCAUACACGCUUUUCUUGCAGAUCUACCAGCUUAUCCUUUGGAAACAAUGUCAUGCCUUGGUUCAUGAACACGGGUUCCCAGAGGAACUUGAGCUUGUUGUCCGCGAUCUCUGGGCUCUUCGUCUGCAAGAUUUUGAAGCAAGAAUCACUGAUUCUACUGAUGGUGACGACAAUGAUACGGAAUCUGAGGUAUUCAGCUCUCAACCCGCAAAAGAUGAACCUCGUGAUAUGAGAUUUAAACCAAACUCGAGAUAUCUCGAAUGGCCUCGUCUGAUCGAUUCCGUUGCACUGUGUUAUCUCGCAGCGUUCUUGAUGCGACUUCCUGUCUAUGUCAGUGAUUUCCACGACAUGAUAAUGCGGCAAGAAAUCCCCUACGUCCGAGUCCUGGCAACUGUCCCCCGAGAAAUGAGGGAUAGGCUUCCGCCAGAACUGACUGCGAUCCUUGAGGUCAAUUCAAUACCUAAUGCCGAGCGGUUUCAUCGCGGCGUCCUGGCAAUAGUGUUGUUCUAUCAGCGCCGAUUUGAAUUGGACCUUCCUCCCUUGAAUUUGCCCCUGGUCCUUUUCCGGCUCAUCAAGAGAUUAGCUUUACCAAUUGAGAUAUAUGAUACAACUAUGAUUUUGCAAGAUCUAUUAGGCUUCACACUUCAGUAUCCGACAACAAGUUCAUCCGAUGGCCGAAAAACAGCACGUCUUCUUCCUGACUUGCAAUUGAUGGUGCUGAUUAUCGUUUCUACGAAACUACUUUUCCCAAUCGAUGAUUUGAAAAGGUAUCCCAACACAGAUCAAGAGCCCGCUGUGCAGGUCAUGGACUGGGCCCUCUGGGCACGCGCCCAUAACCACUUCGAUCGUGAUCGGGGAUUUGGGGGAAAUAUUGGAAAAAAGACUGCCAUUCAGAUCACAGACCAAGACGUGUUGAACAUGACGUCUGCCCAAUUAGACGAUUACAUGGACUGGUACCAAAGCAAUUGGCUCGAUACUUCUAAGGAACCCAGUCGCAUUGCCGCGAUGUUUCCCAUCAGCCGGGCAGAACGAGAUACCCAACCAACCUCUAGCGCUGUCCCAGAAUCAUCCUCUGCUUGUAUCACUGCCCCUGCCUCUGUCCCUGUCCCUGCUACUGGUGCUCCUCCUGAUAAGACUCGAGAGAAGCUUGAACUUUUGCUACAAACAGUCAUGCAAGCCGUUAGAACCAGAAGGGUCAUCCCUGACGACAAAGAGGCUGAUCACGGGCGUCCCGGCGAGUGGUAUCACCGGUAUCGAUGGGAAUCACAUCUCAGUGGUCCCGCACGGACUUUUUAUGAGGUAGCAGCCCAGCUCGCUGCGGUCCAAUUGAAAACACUUGUCCGUGCUGUCACAUUUGUUGAAUUCAAGAUUUCACAGCAAGAUGAAGAGCGACAGAACAGAGAGUACUUCGCUAAUUUGGGAAGACAAGGAAUGCACACCGGGGAAAACGAUGUUGGCCACACGUAUGGCAUGGCUGAUUUUGAAGAGGACAUGUACGAGGCGGGGUCCGAGGAUAUAGACGGUGAUGAAAUUUUAUUGUAA